GACCGGGCACUAGUGGCGAUAGCACCAACCGGAAGUGGAGCCCUGCCUGGGCUGACGCUGUCUCCAUGGCGACAGAGGGAGCUUCAGAUCCGCCAGAGCGGCUGCAACGCCCAGAAAUGGCAAAUGACAAAAGGCCAGUAAGUGCUCAUGUACCUUGCAAUCCAACUUUUGGGGAAUCACAAAGAAAUAAUGAAUUCUUAACUUCAUCAACGUCUUCAUGUCAUAACAGUGUACAAACUACAGUAGUGAAGCAGUAUGUGAAUAAAGUCAUCACAUCUUCUUCCCACUUACAUAAUUUUCCAAGAAAAUUUAUUUCCCCCUAUGCAAAAACGGCAAUUAAAAAUACUGACAGAAAGCAAAUCUGUAGACAGCCUCUGUUUGGCCCUAAUAUUCAUCUGCAAUCGACAGUGAUAUCAAGAAGGUCAGGACUUCAAGAUUGUUCCACACAUCAAACAAAAUCAGUUCAGAACAGUGAUAGAAUAUCAGACCUAGGCAGCUACAAAUCAAACAGUACAAACAAUUUCUGCCUUAUAUCACUAUCCAAAAGAAACAGACCUGUCAGUGCUCCAGCAGGUCAGCUAAGAUGUACACAGUUCUCUUCCUCAAGACUCCAGCUGGCCCAGAAAGAAUCUGAAGUGCCCCAAGUUAUUAAAUGUCAGCCAAGGGUAAUCAAAGUAACGGCUUACAAGAAUGGCACAAGAAGUAUCUUUGCUAAAAUUGCUGUACCAUCCAUUAAACUGCUGCUGGAGGAGUGCACUGAAAAACUGAAUCUGAACAUGGCUGCACGACGAGUGUUCUUGGCAGACGGCACAGAAGCACUAGAACCUAAAGACAUACCCCAUGAUGCCGACAUUUAUAUUUCAAUUGGAGAGCCCUUUUUAGAUCCAUUCAAAAAAAUUAAAGGUAAAAAAACAAAUAGUAUAUGGCUUCAGGGGUUUCCUCUGCUUGACAAAUGCCUGCAAAAUUCCAUCACACCUUUGCGUGGACCUGUUUGGGUCUCUAAGGGAGAAGGUUUCAGCCCCUCAGGAGCAAAGAUGUAUAUCCAUGGAGUUCUUUUGGCCUUACACCAACGAUUAAAGUCUGCAAAAAACUAUUGCAAACAGAUGGAUUUUGCCAUUGAUGGUCAGAGAGGGGAAAUCACAGAAAAAGGCAUUCUUUCAAUGACAACAGAGGAAUUAUAUUUAGAGCAAGAAAAGGUGAACAAGCUCAUUGAGGAAUUGCAAGUGGCCAUCAAGAGCUACAAAGGUCACCUCUCAAAACUUGCCCCACAAUUACAGGCUGAGCAGGAGCAGUGUGCCUCUUAUGUCUACCAACACAUUAAAAGGCUUCCAGCAAACAUGGUUCUCCCACAAGGCUUGCAGCUAAAGGUGUAUGAAAAUGGCAAAGACACAGGGGAGAUCCUAGUUUAUAUCACCAAAAAAGAGAUGGAGAAUAACUGUAGGAAUCAACCCAGUGUUAUGAUGGAGAGGCUGCUGCAUAUGAUUCACGAAAAACUACAAUAUUCAGCAGACUUCAAACCAACAGGCCUCAAUCUUAUUCCUGCCCGGCUUUUUGAUGAGAAAGGACAAGAAAUUAAAAACCCACUUUUACUGAAGAAUGAGCAAAAAAUUUGGGUUUCUUAUGGUAAAGAUUACAGGUCUCCCUUAAACCGUGUUCUAAGUUUGACCUUUGACAAAGUGACUGCCGCUGAAAAGGAUGGUAUCACAGUUAUUUAUAAAACUCUUCUGGAUCCUAAUGUUGAUCUGCUGCCUGGAUGUGACAAUUGGGAAGCUUGUACAGAAUUUCCAGACAACUUCCAGUGCACAAACCACCAGACACUUCAAAACUUGGAAAAGGUGGACAUGGAUAGCCAUUUUAUACAAUACAAGGCCGAUCCACAGAUAGUUUUUCAUGUCUCUGUUGCCAUGGAUAAAAUGAGGAAGGCACUUCCCAGAAGAAUGGACUAUCGGGAUCUAAAAGUCCCAUCAACACUGUGGCCUCUGGCUAACAUGUGGUUAAUCACAAAGGCUGGAAUGAUUCUGAGUCGAGCUUUGGUACAGAGCUGUCUAGCUAUUGGUCAUCCAAUUAGAGUUGAGACAGAUGAUGGCAUAUCUCUGGAAGGAUAUAAGUUAACAGUACAGAAAAGAGACAAAAGCAGCAUCUAUCAACACUGGGGUUUUGGAAAUGAUGGUUCUAUCUAUUGUAAGGCUUACCCUGAGUUUGUCCUGACCUACCUAGAGGAGCUAAAUGUAAGAGAGGAGGUGACCCAGAUGGAACACCACAUCCACCAUGGGGCCUGGUCUACAGCUCAUCAGGAGAUAGAGAGCAGCUCAGCAGAAGAGGUCACUGUACCAAGCCAGAGGCAGGUUCUGCAAAAAAAUGUCAACAACUCCAAUCAGAAACAACUUUCAGGACCUUUGGACGCCCAUUUAAUGCCUGCAGGUCCCCUAAGGGAGUCUAUGCAGCUGACAGUCGCACUGGUGAGGAAACUAGAAGAGAAACAUCCUAAGGCCUCAGCUCAAAGAUGGGCUAUAAAGCAUGAAGGGACAACUAAACCAGACCAGUGGAAACAUUCCAAAGUGGAGAAUCCGCUAUGGAAUAAGCUGACAUACAUGUGGCCUGUCCUUCCAAAUGGAGAACUUAAUGAGGAUUUUGACUGGCCAAUUGAGGGAUUGCUGGUUCCAAACAGUCCUUCACUUAAGAAACCAGCUGGCAGGAAGUCAGAUUGGUAUAUACCUGUGAGACUGAGGGCUUUGCACAAUGGAGACAGGGACAAAAGCAAGGCUAUCACCAUCAUUGGACCUGAUGUUACAAAUAUGCUAAACAGACAAAAUAUUCAUCCUGAAAAGAAACAGAAAACAAAGGAGAACCAGAAAAUGCAUCCUGAUGAAGAGCCUGGAAUGGAAAUAUACAAGAUAGAAUUUCAGCACUUUUUGGACAAAUGUACUACCAUGUUGAAUUUACCUACUGCUGCUCGAAGAUUAUUCACUGAAAAAGGCGUGGAACUCUUUCUUUUGAAAGACCUUGAGAGAGAUCAACUGGUCUAUGUGUCAUGUGGAGAACCGUGGAUUGAUCCACACUUGACUAUGGCUCAGCACAAAAAACGUCUCCUACUCAAUAAUUUAGCGUCAGAUAUAUCUGCAAUUCAUGCCUACUGUAUCAUGCGUAACCCUGAAAUUCUAGUUUUAGGAGUAAGGAGCAAUAUUGCUGCUGGAGCCAAACUUUUUGUGGAUAGAUGUCUUGUGGCUUUUGAAGAAGAAAAACUAACUGAGGAGCUGCAGGAAAAUCAAACAGAAGAAAUGUUUCUGAAUAUAAAAGAUGAUGCAGAUCUAAAUUCACAUGCAAAAUCACAUCUUAAAACAGAUGCUUGGCAUAUGAAAUCCAAAUAUUCCUGGCAGGAAAGUUUCUGUGAUUUUCAUGAUGAUGACAGUUUUCCGAAGGACAAGGAUAAAGAAUUCUGUGAAAAUGUAGAGUUAUUUCAGAAGUACAGACCUCACCCAAAGCUGAAUUCAGAAUUGCAGAAGGCUCACCAUCAGCAGUUUGAGUAUAGAGACAAACAGAUUAUAAACUGUGCAUUCCCAGGGCUUGUUUUGGGGGUACAGGAUGCUAUUCUAUAUGCUGGGACUGAAGUUGUUUUGGUGGAAAAGAAACCUGAUGAUACCAAUCAGCGCUGGAUAUGGAGAGAUCAUGACAGGACAUUUCAUUUGAUGAGUGAUCCAAAUCUAGUGCUAGCAGUGUCAAUGCCCAGCAUGCAGCCUAGAUAUUCAAAAUGUGCACUGGACAUGAAAGGGUGUGCUGUUGUUCUGCAGAAAUAUAAAGAAUACAGCAAUGGGGCUGCCAAUCAAAAGUGGCAUUACAUGGAAAAUGCAGGAGUAUUUAGUGCCUUUUACAGCACAGUACUGGAUCAAGAAAUCACAGCAGCAAAUCAUGCUUCUGUUUGCACAUUCUCUGUGACCAGUAGAGAAAAAAUAAACCAGCCAGGCUACUAUUUUCUUUCACACAGUGGAAAGCAGAAGUUCAUGAUAUGCUUGGCUUGUGCAAGGGCCAUAAGAGGAAAGAAAGAACUGAAAAAAUUACCCACAGGUAGCAUGUUCUUCUGUGCCUCUGGCUCUGAGGAAGCAAAUAAUUUCUCCUUGGGGCCUUUUAAGUGUGUUAAUGUGAUGAAGACUGAUUUAUCCACAUUGGAAGCCAAAAAUACCUUGAAUUAUUUAGAAGAAGUUCUAGCAUCUUUGCGGACCGAAACCUCCAUACAAACAAUCUCAGAAAAGAUCUCUGCAGCUAUGAACCAGAAAGCAGUGAAAAUAAUUGCAUACAGAAAUGGAGCUGGCUACCGAAAUGGUCAGUUAAUCAUUGCUAGCACAUUCCCUAUGCUGCUUACCAUGUGUACAAGACAACUUGAACUUACCAGGAAAGCCUGCAGACUAUAUACCAAUGAUGGAAUCCUAAUGCUUACCCUACCAGAUUUAGUCACAUGGGCUGUAAAUGAGUGUUUCAGACAAAGUGACUCAGAAGAAGACUACAAAGAGAGAACUGCAAUCACUGACAAUGCUGAAGGUGGGACUGCACUGGAUGUGGAAGAUAAGUACAUGGAGAAAGUGAAGAUAAAGUCAGAAUUAUCCUUGAUGACUCCAGACAGUUUGAAUAUGAUAGAUGAUUCUUUGCUCACCAUCAUCCUCAGAAAUCCUAUCGAGGUCUGGGUUUCCUGUGGAGAACCUUUUCUACCUUUGGAUGCUUUGCAAAAGGCAGCAAGGCAAGAGAAACAAAACUGGUUAGAGAAGGACAAAAUUUUGGCUGAUCUAAAUGCUAUGAAGCACAAAAUGAGACAGCUGCAAGGGCGACGAAUAACAGCCUUUAAACCAUCCACCUUGGUGCCCACAAAAAGCCCAGUUCAGCCUAUAGUAGUAGAAGGAGGCUGGACUGAAGAAACCCAAGAAGAGAUGAAACUUAUGGAAAAUAUACAACAUACCGAGACACACUUCUCAGAGGUUCAAGCAUCACAGUUCAAAAGAAGUUCUCCAUUUUCAUCUAAACUGCUGUCAUCCAAACACAGAUGUCUGUAUGAUCAACCAUCUGCAAAAAGAGUGUGGGCUUACCGGAAUGGUUAUAAACCCGAGCAAGGAGUUUAUGCCUGGGGAAAAACAAUGUCAGAGCUGCUGGAUAACUGCACCACCAGGCUAAAUAUGCAACAGCCUGCCAAGGCUCUGUAUACACCGGAUGGUGAGCCACUCCAGUCAUGGGAUGAAAUAGAGAGAGACAUGCUUCUGUGUGUUUCUGCUGGAAAUCCUUUUCUGAGCAGAAAAGCCAUCAAGCAGCAGGUGGAAGUUAGAGCUAUUUAUGCCAGAAUCCGAAAGCAGCAAGGUCCAGAUGCCACUAAUAUUGUUGUCGCUCCUUCAGAGAAACUUAAAGGACAGGCCAAAACUCCCAGUUCACUUCUGGCUCUUACAACCAGUGCUCAUUACCACCUCAACAACUAGAAGGGAGGAAUUGCUUUGGCUGUCAGUAAACAAAUGAUUCCAGAAGAACAGUGAAAAAAUGUCAUCAGCAAAUUAUCUUUAUUUGUUUCAAGCUGACUGCAAUCUACUGGCGAACUCUUCUGCACAAUUAAUCUGGUGUGACAUAAAAUGCAUUUCAGAAAUGCUGCAUUCUGAUGGCUCACCUCCUGUAUACAAUGCACAGAUCUUGGGGAAUCAGUUACAGUGCUUGUGCAUGCAUGUGCAGUAACUGCUUUCCAAAAGUGCAUGGCAAUGUGUGCUCCAUGUCUAAGGAAAUAAUUAAGUAUUGUGGCUGUGGGCUAUGUAAAUUCCAUAGCUUUCAGAAUUAGUCCACAGUGUUGAGGGACUAUAAUUAGAAUGAAUUUUCAGAACCUAUUCUUGCAAAGGCUGUCUGCAGUGAUUUUGUAUUUGAAGGGAAAAGUUGCAGGGAUCUAUUCUAAAAUACAUAUAUGUAAUUUGGAGAACAAUUCUCAGUAGGAAAAAUAGCUUUAGCGUAUGACUAUAGGUGAAGUAAUUUACAUUGAAUUGAUUAAGAAUCAUAAUUAAACUUGUUUCUAAAGAUACUUGCUUUUGUAAUGUUCUGAAGUCCACUUUUUUAUCAAGAAUUAUCUAAAAAUAAACUGUGUUGUAAGCUUCUGCACUGGUUCCUUGCAGAAAUGAACAGCGGCAGAAAAAAGUGGCAGGCAAAACAUUUCACACACCAUAAUCUUCACAGGUAUCCCAAGUUCUUUGAAAGGGCUACUCCAUGUGCUAUACAAUCAGAUUUGCUUGUUGUGCUUCUUAAGACAAGUUACCACCAUUUUUAAUGCAUAAAGGCUGUCACUAUUUUGGGAAGAAAAUCUUUAUUAGGUGGAAAAGAGCCUAAUGUUGAACAUACACACACAAAAAGCCUUCACCUGACGCAGACACAUAGUACACCAAAAAGAAAAUUAAUUAUUGAGCAAACUAGUGGAAAAUUGUUCUUCCCAAAAGAAAGAAGCUUAAGAGCCUACUCCAACACUCACUGAAGUCAAUGGUAGCCUUUCCAUUGACUUCAGUCGGUAUUGUGUAAGAGCCUACGUUAAUAUUCCUUGCUGUUGUAGAGUCAUUUAUUGUAGCUUUACACUGUCCCUUUCAGCCAAAGCUAACAACCUACUACUUUGGCCUUCAGGGAGGCGGGGGUCUAGCUAUGAGAUAGGCGGAGAC